UUUACAAAUAACCUUUAUCCGUAAAACCACGGCAGAGCCCUAGAUAUCGUCAGACCGUUGGACGGGUUUCUCCGUGUAUGACAAGAUGCUCGCCGCCAUCUUGCUCCUUUUGACCGUUCUCUCUCCGACCGAGUCCUACACCAUAGCUCAAGAGACAAAGCUACACACCGACCUGUUCACAGGGUACCAGAAGGCGAUCAGACCGGGGGCCGACAGGUCGAAGCCGCUCAGCAUUUAUGUCGACUUCCUGAUGAUCAGUUUGAAAGAGUUUAACGAGGAAGAAGGCAGGUUGUCCGUCAUCGGAGCGUUUAAGUUUGUUUGGACAGACAACCGUUUGGCGUGGGACAAAAACUCUUACGGUGGCGACCUGACACAAACCUCGGUUUUACAAGAUACAGUAUGGGUUCCAAAUGUUGUCAAUCUGAACUGCUUUGAAACCAUGAAACCCCUUGGCUCCAGUUCGUUGAGUCUGAGGAUGUAUGAUGGUGGCACAGUGGCUUGGAUUCCGCCUGCUCUCAUAGAGAGUUCCUGUGACGCCGAUGUUACCUAUUAUCCAUUUGAUUCCCAGACAUGUGUCAUCCGCUACUACAUGCCGGGUUAUUAUCAAAGCGACGUAAACUUUUCUCCUAGCAGGACGGAAGCAGAUCUACAACAAUACGAGCAGAACAACCUGUGGGAGAUAACCAGCACCAGUCUCAGCACGUUUGUUAACUCUUACCAUUUCCAGGAACUCCAGAUAGAGCUACAGAUGCAGAGACGGUCCCGUUACUACAUAGCCGGUCUGAUCCUGCCAAUCUGUCUGAUGAGCUUUCUACAGAUCAUGGUGUUUGUCCUGCCCGAGGAGUCGGGGGAGAGGGUGGGUUUCUCCGUGACGGUUCUCCUGGCCGUGGCUGUGUUCCUGACCAUCAUCCAGGAGAGUCUCCCCGAGGCCUCCGAGCCCAGUGUCUCACUCCUCGCCUAUAAACUUCUCGUUGAUAUUCUAGUUGGUGCAAUGAUUACAUCUACAACGAUUAUCGGCUCCGCCAUUUAUCACAAAAAUGAAACGGAUAGUGUUCCAAUCUGCAUUAAACGAUGUGUUCAAACCUGCAGAUGCAAACUAUCCUGCAGAAAGGCGUCUCCUAAAGUCAUUGAUGUGAAGAGCGCAGAGAAACCGCCACCAGAUGAUUUUUGGGAUGAAGCAGAAGAUGACGUCAUUUCUUGGAGAGAUGUUGGGAAGGUUUUUGACAAAUGUUGUCUAAUAUUUUUUACUCUGUGUUUGUUGAUAAAUAAUAUGGUUUUAAUGGCAAUAAUUAGUUUAAACUGAUUUGACCAAUCUUUUUUCUCCUAUUAAGCAUUGAAUGCUUUUUGGAUGCCGUCGGUCCUGCAACACACCAAGCGGUAUGUGGUAAAUUUUGUAUUUACUGCCACCCGGUAAAUUCAAAAUUUACCACAUGACAGUAUGAUAAUUUGUCUGCACCGCUUGGUGUGUCAUAUAGGACCGACGACCUCCAUUCAAUGCUUAUAUUUAAACUUUGCUACUGAUGGAUGAACUAUUGUGUAUCGCCGCUAUAUAGCCAUUAUUUGCGCUUUAGUCAGGGAUAUGAACAUACAUGGAACAGCCAUAUUUUAAAACAUGUUAUUCAGUUAGCUUCCACGACAAAAAUACAGUGCCUGAAACUUUGUGAAGAAUUUUUUUAUUAAGUAGUAGAUAUAUAUUAAUGAUUGUUUUUGAAAAGUACAUAUCAUAUUGGUUAUGUAAGAUUGAAAGUUUCAUUUAAUCUUACAAAAAUAAAUAUGCUCAAAAUAUGUGAAGAAGUUUGUAUCUGUGCACAUGGCGCCUGAAUUAGCAAAGUGUAUUCAUGGAAAAUUGAACGUCGCAGAUUUCCAAUGCAAACAUAAGGGGAAAUAUACACUGAAUGUAAAUAUUCUGGUAUGGAUCUACAUGUUCAUCUUAUUUCCUCACUCAAUAUACUGAAUUUCUAACCAGUCAUUUAUUUUAUAACAGUAACUUUAGAAUUGGUACCAUUUUAUGAACUUAUUUAUUAAUUACGAUCCUUAUUAAGUUCAUUUUUUGAAGAGAUCCUCGAGAAUCACAGAUGGUCGAAUUGUCAGGACCUUUGAUAUUUAAUCUUCACUUUAAACCUUUGUUGUUGUUUUUUUUUUUUUGCUUAAUGCUUUAUUCCUGUCUGUAGCACAUAUCAAUUUGGUACGUUACACAUCGCAAUAUUGUUCUUCAUUAUGCGCAACAUUAUGUCGUAUGACAAGGUGUGAAAUUCAAUCUAAUUAAUGUGUAAAUUAACUUUUUCGGACUUUGUGUUAGUUGCUACAGAAACGUUUCCUCAAUUUCGACAGCUGUUUUAAACUGCAUGAGCUGUUUUAAAAAAGUUUUAAAUUCCGCGCAGCCUUAAUCCCACCUGAGGCAAAGAUAUUGACAGUUAAUCUUUUAAUUGACUUCUGUUUAUGUUUAUUGACACUUUAUCUUUCAUCUUCUUAAUCCUUUUAUGUACAUGCUGCUAAAAUGUCAUGAUUUACUCGAUCAAUAGCUUUUUGAUAAUUAAACUUAUAUCUGUA